AGAGCAGCGCGGCUCACCAAACCGAUCUGAUUAGUUGGCGGAUAAAAGGGGUGUGAUUGUGUCCUAAUGUUCGGACCCUCGCUGCAGCGAUGCUGGUUCCCUGCAGGCCGCGGCGACCAACAGGCUAAAGGGCGCUGAGCGGCGUGAGGUGGCGUCCAAACACCGGAGCAGCCGGACUUAAAUCCAACUAUUUUGAAUUGCAUCCAAACACUGCCCUUGCAGGUGGUUUUUGCCUGUCUGCGACGGGACGUUCCCCUCCCAGCUAACCCGCGACUAACGCGACUUUUACGCACAGCCUCGUUGGCUAGCUUAAUCCGCGAUUUGAGAACCGCGGGUCAGAACGCGUGCGCACGGGCAACUUUGUUUUGAAUCGCGUGUCACUCCGGCGCCGGUUCAGUCAUUUCAAGAGAAAUCAUGGAGUUCUACGGUAAAUCUUUGUGCUACGAGCUGCUGGCCGAGGUCGGAGAGGGCUCCUACGGCAAAGUGUACAAAGCCAGAGAGGUCGGGGACGAACGGCGCCUCCUGGCGGUGAAGAAAUUCAACAUCUGCGGGGACUCGUCGGAGAACGGGAUCCCCGCUUUCAUGAUCCGCGAGGUGGCGCUGCUGCGUAAAAUGAAGUACUUCAACCAUCCCAACAUAGUCGAACUGUUGGAGGCCUCUGCUGUGCCAGUGGGCCGGAACCUGGACCUCACUCUGGUGCUGGAAUACAUUGACCAGGACCUGUCCACCUACCUCGCCAAGGUUCCUGCUUGUGGACUCAGCCGGGACUCCAUUAAGGAUGUGAUGCAGCAGCUGCUGCGAGGAUUGGACUUCCUGCACACAAACAUGGUGCUGCACCGUGACCUGAAACCAGAAAACGUUCUGGUCAGCAGCCGUGGAGAGGUCAAAAUUGCAGACUUUGGACUGGCGCGCAUCUACACCUUCAAUAUCGCGCUCACUCCAGGUGUGGUGACGCUGUGGUACCGAGCUCCUGAGGUGCUGCUGAACUCCGUCUACAUGUCCACGGUGGACAUGUGGAGCGCUGGCUGCAUCUUCGCGGAGCUCUUCCACCUGAGACCAAUGUUUCAGGGAUACUCGGAGGCACAGCAGCUGCAAAAAAUCUUUGAUGUGAUUGGCUUUCCCAGUAAAGAGGACUGGCCCACGGACAGCCCCAUCUCCUACUCAGUCAACUGGGGGCCAAAGAGGUCCUGCACCAAGCUGCUGCACAACCUGGGCCCCGAGGAGAACGACCUUCUAUCUCAAUGUUUGGCAUUCAGACCGAGCAGUCGCACCUCAGCCGCCAAAGCCCUGGCCCAUCCUUUCUUCAUGAACCCCUGAAGCUCUGGAAGAUCAGCGACGCCGGGUCCUUCUGCUCCUCUCAGCUGUACUAACGGGUCUUGUGCCAUAAUAUCCACCGUGCACUUUGCAUCAUGAGAAGCUGUGAGCAGGGUUGAAUAAAAAACGUUGUUACUUUUGAGCGUCAGUGUAUAAAAACACUGUGCCUGACUUACAGAGGACUACUCGGUAGUUUAAAACACUUUUGUUUCGAUUUUUGUUUUUGAAGGAGUUUGAUUUACUUACUUACUGAUUUGACGAGCCUUAAUAUGAACACAGUAAAAGUGUGUUGCUGCGUUGUGUAUUUCCACAAAACAUUGUUUACUUUGUUACUGUUGAGUGUUAUAAAUAACAAUCCUGUAUUUGUCAACUAGCAACAACAAUGUUAUGAGCACCUUAAAGUUGACGUGUUGGAUGGAUUCAUGUUUUUUCACCUAAACGUUUUUUGUUCUAGGCUUGUAUGUUAAGUCCUUUUAGUGUCUGUUUAUGGUGUAAUCGCUGGAAUAGAUUUCCUGUGUGUAGACGCCUAUAUUGAAAAGAUUGUACAAGAUUUUCUUUUUUCUACACGAGUUGCACUGUUCAUUCAUGAAGCGUUUCUAUAAAUAAUUGUCUUACAAA